AUGAUUUCUCCGCAGUCCUGCCGCGCGUGUCAAACUCAAAUCUCAACCGACGGGUCAAACCUUGAGAUCAAGAUCUGCAUGCGCCGACAGGAACAGCAGGCAGGAAAGGAGGAGAGGAGAGGAGAGGCAGAGGCAGAGGUAGAGGCAGAGGCAGAGGCAGAGGCAGAGGCAGAGGCAGAGGCAGAGGCAGAGGCAGAGGCAGAGGCAGAGGCAGAGGCAGAGGCAGAGGCAGAGGCAGAGGCAGAGGCAGAGGCAGAGGUAGAGGCAGAGGCAGAGGCAGAGGCAGAGGCAGAGGCAGAGGCAGAGGCAGAGGCAGAGGCAGAGGCAGAGGCAGAGGCAGAGGCAGAGGCAGAGGCAGAGGCAGAGGCAGAGGCAGAGGCAGAGGCAGAGGGAGGAGGGGGGAGGGUAGGAGGCAGGAGGCACAAGAUUAUGAGGAGGAAGAAGGGAGGAGGAUUCAGUUAA